GUGACUGCAGAAUACUCACCAGGAAAUACAGCAGGUUUUCUGGUUAGGGGCAAUUUAUCGCCUUUACCUUUAUUGCCUGUAAGGGUGUGUUCUAGUGCAGACGAUAGCAGAUAUCACCCACCGAAAUGACCGGUUUUAGCGAGUAUUUCAUGAAUGGACGGGAUGGAACUUUGUAGCUGACUUUAGAUUCUCAGUCACAAUACUUAAGGAAAUCUCACCGACUACCUGACCAGGCAAGUGAGCUCAGAGACGAUGGACACCUGUCCUUUUCGUACAUUUCAUUUAUCACGUGUUACUUUGUUGAAUUUUCUCUGGGACUGAGCAGAAUUCGCGGAUUCAGAAUGGAUGUCAGACGGAGAUGCGUCUUGUGCUGUCAGGCGGUGUUCCCGUGUUUCAAAAACGCACAGUCCAGCGCCGAGGAGGUCGAGCGAGAAAAGCGGGACAUUGUGGUGAUCACGAACCCUCAUACCGAGCCACCCAAACGGGCACUGCCCCCCGUGCCUCCCGACUACCCGCAAUACGUCUACAUCGCCUUGUAUGAUUACACUGCACGGACUGGGGAAGAUUUGAGUUUCUGUGCUGGGGACAAGCUGGAAGCGUUGGACAAAAGUGCUGGUGACUGGUGGUACGCAAGAGCACUCACUGGAUUGUCAGCAAACAGACAGGGGUACAUUCCGGCGAAUUAUGUGGCGCCCGUGGAAAGUCUGGAUGCGGAACCAUGGUAUUUUCCGGACACAAAGAGGGUAGACGCAGAGAAGAUGCUGCUCUCCGAGGGAAACCGGCAUGGUGCCUUUCUCAUCAGACAGUGUGAGAGCCAGAAAGGAGAGCUGUCACUCUCAGUGCUGGACAAUGGGAUAGUGAAACAUUACAGACUUAAGAAGCUUGACAACGGAGGCUAUUACGUUUCCCGAGCGAGAAGUUUCCACACCCUGAAGGAGUUUGUCGAGCACUACUCAAAAUACAUGGAUGGCCUUUGCGUGCGUCUCGGUGAACCGUGUAAGAAGUUGGAGGCCCCGCAGACACAUGGCUUGUCCUACAACACAGUGGACCAUUGGGAGAUCGACCGCACCUCCAUUCAGCUGGUGAGGAAGCUGGGCGCGGGUCAGUUCGGCGAGGUCCACGAAGGCUUGUGGAACGGCACCACCGCAGUGGCGGUAAAAACGCUUAAACCCGGCACUAUGGACCCCCAGGACUUCCUCCGGGAGGCCCAGAUCAUGAAGAAGCUGAGACACCCUAAACUGAUCCAGCUAUACGCUGUCUGCACCGUGGAGGAGCCCAUCUACAUCAUCACUGAGCUGAUGAAGAACGGCAGUCUGCUGGAGUACCUGCAGAAGGACAAAGGAGCCAAGCUGAACAGGACGGACCAGAUCGAGAUGGCAGCCCAGGUGGCUGCUGGGAUGGCAUACCUGGAGCUACAAAACUACAUCCACAGAGACCUGGCUGCCAGGAACGUGCUGGUCGGGGAGAACAACAUCUGCAAGGUGGCCGACUUCGGUCUGGCCAGAGUCUUCAUGAUGGAGAAUGAAAACGUCUAUGAAGCCAAAGAGGGAACCAAGUUUCCGGUGAAAUGGACUGCCCCAGAAGCCAUCAACUGCAACAAGUUCAGCAUCAAGUCUGACGUCUGGUCCUUCGGCAUCCUUCUGUAUGAAAUCAUAACCUUUGGACAGAUGCCUUAUCCAACCAUGAACAACCACCAGGUGAUCCAGAAGCUUUCCACUGGAUACAGAAUGCCCUGCCCGGCGAACUGCCCCCCGGUGAUAUACAAUCUCAUGAUGGAUUGCUGGAAGGAGAACGAGCUCGAAAGGCCGACAUUCGAGACCCUGCAGUGGUCACUGGAGGACUUCUUCAACUUGGACACGUCCUCCUACGACAAUGCUAACCGCUAUUAGCUUUCAGCACCUGAAGCUGUAGCGACUAGAACCUUUGCCACAUGCAAUACCAAAACGCACCACCAGGGAGCAAAAAAAAAAAAAGAUGCAAGCUUUGACAAAAAGUUCAGAUUCUGGUUGGAUCUGGCUGUGUCUGGUUGUAUGUGAAGAACUGUGCAUUUUCUUCUCUUGAUAGGAUGAAUGUAACUUGUAAAGCUGAAAUUAGGGCACAAGAAUUAUUUUAGAGAGAUUUUAGAGAGGUUUUUACAAAAUGGCUAGUGGAAUCGUGGAAUGAAAAGUGACCAAAGGGAACAAAGGCUGUUGUUCAGCUGUGCUUUUGUGCUGUGGCAUGUGAGAGGGCAGAGUAUGACUGCAGUGGGAUCUGAUCUGUGCCGUUAACAAUAGGAGUGAUAUUUAGGAAUGCCUCAUCCUCUGUGUGUGAGUGCGUUCAGGUAAGCUGCUCAGUCCGCCAGUCAGACAGAUGCGAAGUUUUGGGUUUACCUGAAGUGACCGUAGUGCUCAUCCAAUCUGAAUACUGGUAGUGUGUGUGUGAAACUGUGAGUCAGCAGCUGGCGGCAUCAGUAGUCCAUCGCCUCAGACUUGCGUAACAGCCGCAUCUACAUUGUUAUGUCUUACAAUAGUAGCAAUCUACAUUUUUAACACUUGUUCAUCAGUCAGUCAGCAUUGCGCGCAUACUUUCGGGAGCAAAGCACUCAGCUUGUGCUUGCUGCCAAGUAUGUAAUAACAGUCAACAGUGCUAAGAAGGUGACGCCGUCUCAGCCACUGAGACUGACUCAUCUCCAGCUGGCAUAAAUACUGCAUAAAUAUUUUUUUGUUUCCUUCCAUGAACCCGCUUUUCAAGUGGAGAUUAUCAUCGCUAACUGGGCGAAGUCUCCACCGUGGGCAAAGAGCACUAAUUUUAUUUCCAUCGUUAAAAAAAUAUGCUUAGCUUGCAGCAAAAUCUUAGAUUAUCCAGAACUGGUUUUUACCAAGAAUCAAAAUGUCUGUGGGUUAAAUCUUUUUUGUUUUUCGUCAGUGUGUGCACGUGUCAUAUUGCAUUGCAUGGAUUCAGUAGAAUGGCCAGACAGACUACUAACAUGAUUUACCAGAAUAGCCUUAAUGAAAUAUAAUAUAUACUGUCAUAUAUUAAGAUAAUGCUGAUGGACACAU